AUGAUCACACUUAAUCCUAACCCGGGCCGGCCCGUCAUUUGGGAUUUCCAGAGCUACCUGAGUGUGCUGUCGGCCUUGUAUGUUGGAGGAUUUCAGAGGGUGUUCGUCCAUGGUGACACCCGACCCUCGGGACAUUGGUGGGACAGGCUGCAAGGAGAAAAUCUGACUUUUGUACACGUAGAAACCACUGAGACAGUCUACCAACAAGCCGUCAAUGUCCUCGCUCACAAAGCGGAUGUCCUUCGUAUACUGAUCCUUCAUAAAUACGGGGGUGUCUACAACGAUCAUGACGUCAUUUGGGUCAAGCCCAUCUCUGAAGAACUCAGACGAUACCCUGCCACCAUGUGCCUAGAUUGGCCAAAACUGGAAGAGUGGCCCCGAACUGGCAGCAUCGGCAUGUUGGUGGCCAAACCUAAAGUCCCAUUCUUAAGCAAAAUUUUGGACUCGUUCUGGUUAUACAGAGACAAAAUCUGGGAGUUCAAUGGAGUGGCCGUGCCUUAUAAAAUCUACGAGAGAAAUCCUGAAACUGUUCAUAUAGAUAAAAAACUGCAGGUGGUUUGUUUUCAAGAGAUCUGCCAUCCUAUCUGGCAAGACGACUAUCUAAGGGACUAUAGAGACACAAAUAAGACCAAAGACUUCGAUCUAUUGGAAGCUAACGCAUUCCAUUUUAUUCACCUCAACUCCGGCCCAAUAUACACCUCAUUUGCAGCAAUCAAAAACAACCGAAAUAUUGCGGCCAUUUUGGGACAACGUGUUGUUCAGGCUGUAGAAAAAUCUGGCAAGUUUCACUUGCUUGACGAAAGGUGAGAGAAACAGCGAGUGUCAGCCUUAGACCAGCUAUCAUCAUACAGAA